AGUUGGCCCAAGGGCCAUCCCCUAAAACGUGCCUCCGAUCGGGAGCUCAGAACCAUGGGCGCAACCCGCAAGAUCCCCCAACCUCAGGUAGCCUACUGAGUGCGUGACAAGGACCCGAAGAAGUCCCCAAAGAUGGAGGCCAAGGAGGAUCCGCCGCCAGAGGAAGCCGAAACACUGUCACCAAAGGGCCAGGCCGGCUGGGAAGCAAAAUCAGAGAAGAACAUGAUGCAGGCCCGGAACCUGAUACGCGACAUGCUCACCACCGUGCGGAACAACGAGGUCCAGGAGGCAUCCUGCAAGGAGGCCCUGCAAGAGGCGGACAAGAGGGAGAAGGAGGCGAAGAAGGCGGCGGUCUUCAACAAGGCAGCUGCCCACGAGAAGGUCAUAGCCACCUCCUUCAAGUGCAUGCAGGAUAUUGAGGAUGCCAUCCUGCAGACGGAGGACAGCCUCAGCAAGUUGACGCAUGAGCGGUACAGAGGCUUCGCCAACCUGCAGGUGUGCGAGCGGCGCAAGGAGCUGCGAGAGCAGCGGCCCAAGGAGGAGACCUUUCAGGACGCUUUGGCUGGCGCUUUGGCCGCUGAGAAGGCAGUGCUGGAAGCCGGGCGCAAGGAGCUAAAGGAGCUGGAGAGCCAAGGCAAGUCGAUCGUGGAGGAGCUGAGGCAGAAACGGAAGUUUCUGUCGGAAGACACCGGCUCCAGGCGCCUGCAGAUGAUGGAAGACUUGAAGACGCUCUCGCCGCAGGUUGCACUUCCACCGGUGAAGUCUCCGUCGAACAAGGCGAGUAGCCCGAAGGACGGCAAGACCAACGACCAGUUCUUCGAGGCGAAGCCGUUUGAAGAGAAUGCCAAGGAGACCAAGGAGGCCGCAUCCAAAGACGCCGCACCCAAAGAGGGGAACAAGGAGGCAAAGGAGGGAAAGGAGGCGACGAAAGAGGCGAAAGAGCCGAAGGAGACGAAAGAGACCAAGGAGACCAAGGAGACCAAGGAGACGAAGGAGACGAAGGAGACGAAAGAGGCGAAAGAGCCGAAGGAGACGAAAGAGACCAAGGAGACCAAGGAGGCCAAGGAGACGAAGGAGACGAAGGAGACAAAGGAGACAAAGGAGACAAAAGAUGGCAAUGCCAAGCCAAAGGAAGCUACUGAAGGGAAGGAGGUGCCAAAAGAAGAGGAGAAAGACGGGGCUCAGUCCCCAACUUCAGCACCGGCAGUGCCUAUGACCGCGGAGGAGAAGAAGAAGGCGGAGGAGGCCUCCAAGCAGCUGAUCCAGGACACCCUCAAGCUGCUGGAGAAGUGCAGCUGCCAUCGGAAUAAGAGCCUGGAGACCAUUCACAAGGUCAAGCAGGACACCAACAGGGCCAGCCACAGAGUAGAGGACUGCCUUUCCAGGCGCACUGCCGAGUUGGCUGAGAUGAAGAAGCAGCUGGAGAAACACGCCUUGGAUGUGGAGGCCGCCAUUUUGCGGGCAGAGCGCUCGUUGGAGAAGACGGAGCGCAGACUCGACACGAAAGACGCGAAGAAAGUCGAGAAGUUCCAAUCCGACAUCGAAAUUUUGAGGAAACUCCGCGAAGCGCGGGAACAACUCGGCAAGGACAUCCGCAACAAGUUUGCGGCCUUGGAGAUUGACAACAUGUGUCGGCGAGUGACAGCUGCCAAGGCCAGUGAGGCUAAGAUGAAGCAGGCCAUGACGAACAACAUGAGCCGCAGCGGGAGUGCGCCAACCUUGAAGAAGAAGUCCACCAAUGCAACGGAGUUCAGCUUGGAUGAGGGGGCCGAAAGUCCAGAUUCGGAGAAGCCGAUGACGCCGGCGACAGCGGCCGGCAGCGCGGUGAAGACGGUGAAGGAGCUCAAGGAGGCCGCCAAGGAGGGCAAGGAGUCGCCCAAGGAGGCCUUCAAGGAGCAGGCGAAGGACCCGAAGGAGCCGCCGAAGGAGGCGCCGAAGGAACCGGAGGCGAAGGAGGCGCCGAAGGAGGCGCCGAAGGAGGCGAAGGACGCGGGCAACGAGGCGAACGAAAGCCCGGAAGGCAAUGAGAGCGCGGACGCGGCCAAGGCCUAGUUGCCUGGAUGCCCCGGGGUUCGCGGGUUCGCGACCUGCACUGAAGAGGUCCGGGGGAAUGUCUUUGGUGCAUCGAUCGUCAGGUCCCGGCAAGUGACGUCCAAAGGACAGCCGGACAUUUUCGGCUCUGUCACUUAGCCCCUGCCCGGCCUGCAAGGCUGGGACAGGGCUUGAAUCCUUG